AUGUUCAAAUCCGAUAAACCAUAUUCGGCGGUCACCGUCCAGAUCGAGAGUCUGACGAGCGAGCAGUAUGAAGUUGACGACUCGAGCGGUAUCGUUGACUUGAUAGAAGUCGUCCAAAUUCAAGCAACCGGUCCGACAGAGGCCAGCCGUGCAUUGCGGAAGAAGCUCAAAUAUGGCACCGUUCACAGACAACUGAGGGCUCUGACCAUUCUCGACUUCCUCAUUCAAAAUGCCGGCGAGCGAUUUCUGCGCGUAUUUGCCGACGAGCCUUUACUUGAGCGCCUUCGAAUUGCCGCAACCGAUUCCAUUUCGGACCCAGAAGUCAGAAAAAAGGCCCAGCAGCUUUUUGCACAGUGGGCAGCAACCCAUAAAGAUACCCCGGGCAUGGCCGGCAUUACAGGACUGUACAAACAGCUUCCAAAGAGGAAGCAACCGGCACAACAGGCACAUGCAAAAGUCUUGAGAGAGCAUGCUCCAGUAGCGGAGCAACCGAUGGGCCACUCAGUUGCUGUGGCCGUAGGAGAGGGCCCGUCGACUCCGCUAUCAUCUGCAAAGGCUAAAAAGUCAAAACGUUCUUCAGCUUUUGGCUCUUCCAGUUCGAAGAGUACCAAGCGAAGUAGCUCGAAGCCAUUUAACAUGGAGAAGGAGAAGCCCGAGAUCCUGCAGACCAUUGCAGCUUCGUCAGUUGCUAGUACAAAUCUACAAAACGCCUUGAAGUUGGUGAACCGAGAAACACACCGGGUUAGCGAGAGUGAAGAUGUCAUGGUCCAGUUUGAGAAGUGCAAAACUCUACGGCGACAGAUUCUACGCUACAUUCAAAACAUCGAGAGUGGCGAUCUUCUGGGUAGUUUGAUCCAUGCCAACGAAGAGCUAGUCACGGGCUUAAUGGCCUUUGAGGUUCUUGACAAAAGCGUGGAUUAUGAUAGCGACAGUGAAGAUGAAGACAUCAUCCUUCGAGGCUUUGAUGAAAAUUUCGCAGGCUUAUCCGUUGUUCCUCCGAAGCCACCUCGCCCGACAAGCCUACCCAAUUUUCCAGAUCCUCAGAAGCGCUCACCUUUCAAUUUGGAUGAACUAGAGAGUGCAAGUGAAUCGGAGGAAGAAGACGAAAACAAUCCUUUUGGAGACAUCAAUGAGGUCGCGACUCCGGGCUUGGAAAAGCAGCAGCCGACAUGGUAA